AUGCACCACGAUGCAGACCCGCCAGGACCCGCCGCCUCCGCCGAUACCACUGGCUCGGGUGCCCCACCGCUUGGCGGCGGCGUUAACACGGGGGACUUUGACGAGUCUCCCAAGUAUGGUCCGACCCACCACGAGAACGCCAUGAAGCUCACCAACCCGCUGGCUGGGCUGUCGAAGGAGGACGUCCUCCGGGAUGUGGACGUCUUUGUCAAAGAGAAGGGGCUCGACGAGCAUCGGGACGACCUGCGCAAGGGGGCGUUGCUCGCUCGGGUGGCGCAGGACCCGGAGGGAUUUGAGCGGAUCGACGAGCUCACGGAGGAGGAGAAGCUCGUGCUCCGGCGGGAGAUCACCCACCGUUGGAGUCAGCCCUUCCAGCUGUACUUCCUCUGCAUCCUCUGCGCCGGAUCCGCUAUCGUCCAAGGAAUGGAUCAGACAGCGGUCAACGGAGCUCAAAGCUACUACUUUGCCGAGUUCGGUAUCGGUCCCGAGCAAGUCUACAUCCGCGGUCUCCUCAACGGUAUCCCCUACCUCGCCGCUGCAACCAUCGGCUGCUGGACCAACGCUCCGCUCAACAAGUACCUCGGUCGACGCGGAACUAUCUUCAUCUGCUGCUUCAUCUCCUUCGCUACCUCCUUCUGGAUGGCUGCAUCACCCACCUGGGGAAGCUUGCUCGCGUCUCGCGCUGUGCUCGGUCUCGCUAUCGGCGGCAAGUCCAGUACCACACCGGUAUACUCGUCCGAGGCUGCACCCAAGGCGAUUCGAGGAGCUCUCGGCUGUCAAUGGCAGAUGUGGACGGCCUUCGGUAUCAUGCUCGGCUUUGUCGCAUCUGUCGCCUUCCAGGACACCAACGUUCCCGUCGGUCCUCCAGACGGGUACAGCAACUGGCGCUGGAUGCUUGGCUCGACCGCGAUCCCUCCUAUGAUCGUAAUGGCUCAGGUAUACUUCUGCCCCGAGAGCCCCAGGUGGUACAUGAGCAAGAACCGCUACCCCAACGCCUAUCGUUCUUUCCUCCGUCUCCGAAACUCGCCCGUCCAAGCCGCUCGAGAUCUCUACUACGCACACAAGUCAAUCGAGGUGGAGCAGGUCGAGCGGGAAGGGAAGAGUAUCGCGCACGAGUGGAUCUACAACAGGCGGGUGAGGAGGGCCGCCCAGUCAUCCUUCUUUGUCAUGUUCAUGCAGCAAUUCUGCGGUGUCAACGUCAUUGCCUAUUACUCCACCCAGAUCUUCGUUAACGCCGGCUUCGAUCAGUCAGCCGCUCUGCUCAUCUCCAUGGGUACCGGUAUCGUCAACUGGCUGUUCGCCAUCCCCGCCGUCUACACCAUCGACACCUUUGGGCGACGCAACUUACUCCUCUUCGGCUUCCCGACCAUGGGUCUCGCGCUAUACUUUACCGGCUUCUCGUUCUUCAUGCCCGAGCUGAACUCGGCGGGCGAGACCAAUCAGGCACGAGUAGGGAUGAUUGCUGCGGGUAUCUUCGUGUUCAUGGCGCUGUACUCCCCAUCUGAAGGCCCUGUACCGUUCACAUACUCGUCCGAGGCCUUCCCCCUCUAUACCCGAGACACCGGGAUGGCUUUUGCCACCAGUACCUGCUGGCUCUUCAACUUCAUCCUCUCUUUCACCUGGCCCGCCCUCGAAGCUAGCUUCACCAGUACCGGCGCGUUCGCCUACUAUGCCACCUGGAACAUGCUUGCCAUGGUCUAUACCUACUUCUUGCUGCCCGAGACCAAGAACUUGACACUAGAGGAGCUUGAUACCGUCUUCAGCAUCGGCAACAGGGGGCACGCCAAGUACUACUGGCACAAGCUGCCUUGGUACCUCCGCAAGUACUUCCUCCGGCGGACGGUCGAGGACUAUCCGCCCUUAUACCAGAUCUACUCGACGGGCGAGGAUGCGCUGGAGAAGCCACAGGAGAAGCAGCGGAUCUAG